UUUUUUGUGUUUCCGUAAUUUUAUUUCUUUCAUAUAAAAGGUAAAUUUUAUACAUUUAGUACGAUAAUUUCGCUUUACUCUAAAAGCUGCUCGUUUUGCCCCGAACAAAGAGAAAAAUCCGGAGAAUUUAUCAAAAAACUGAACCUUGUGAUAUAGUGUAUAAUAGCAGCAUUAAUUACCCCGUUAAUAGCUCAAUCUCUCUCAUUGUCUCUUUCUGUUCAUCUCUGAACUAUGGCACAAAAAAUCCUGGUAUCAGAGAAGAAGAGCUAAUUUACUGUAUUGUCGUGACUCGCAAUUUGUGGAUAAGUUUGUGAUUCAAUUUCCUGUGAAUUUUGUGUGGAAAAUUGUGUGAAAAUGCUCAAUCAGAUCACGAAGACGAUCUCCUUGCCAUUUUGCAUAAUUUGGUCAAUUAUUGUGGGUACCCUGAAGAGAUCUUUUGCCCCACUGAGAACUUACGUUCAAGGAGGGCAGUUCCGGAAGAGUCAUGUCCAGCUUGAAGGGAAAGUCGCCGUGAUCACUGGAGGACCUUCAGCACUGGAGAUUGCCGUAGAUUUAGCUCGAAGGGAAGCAAGGGUGAUUAUUGGGGUGAAAAAUCCCAAAGACGACGCUGAAAAAAUCCUUGAGAUAAUAGCUGAUCGCACUGGGAGUACCAAUGUCCACAUUGAGGAACUCAAUUUAGCCUCAUUUGACUCUGUGAGGGGAUUUGUGAAGAAAUUCCGAGAGAAGGAAGAACGCCUGGAUAUUCUGAUUAAUUGCUCCAAUACAGCACCAUUUGGAAAGACCCCAGAAGGCAUUAAAUGGGCAAUGAUGGACAAUUUCUACGGACAUUUCUUGUUGACGCUCAAUCUUCUGGAUGUUCUGAAGAAAUCCUCACCAAGUAGGAUUGUCAUUCAGACCAGCAAACUCCACGGACACUCAAUGGAAUUCUGGAAUAAGCUUCAAUGGUGGAAUCUUAAGGAUCUCUGUCAUUUCUCGGGGUACUUCAUGAGCUCACUCUCCAACGUUAUCUUCACACAGCUCCUGGCCAAGAAACUCACCAAAACGGGGAUUACUGUCAACUGCUACCAUGAGGGCUAUACAGCACAGAGACUUCUCCCACAAUGCCUCCUGAGAUUCCUCAACCCGACCUUUUUGGAAUUCUUCUUCAAGACUCCCCGUUCAGCAGCACAAACAGCCAUCUGUCUGGCUGUUGAUCCGGACCUUGCCGAAGUUUCAGGAAAGUUUUUCAGCGAUUGCAAAGAGAUGGAAGUCUCCAAGAAGGCUAAUAACACGGAUGCAGCUAAAUUCAUCUGGCAGAACGCCCUUCAAGUUACAUCCACAAGCAUUGAGGAUUUGGAGAUUACCAAAAAGUUUCCGGAAAUUAAGGAUUGAUUGAUUGUUUUUUUUUCUUUCUUUUAAUAUUAAAAUAUCAGGGAAUAAUAAAUUUGAAAAGAAAAUAAACUAAUCUGUGGGAAAUUAUUUCUUGUUAAUUAAAAGGAGAAAAAUUGUAAUUCUUACAAUAAAUAAAUAGAUCUCUGGGAAAAGGA